AUGGAAUCCCGCGACCUUCGAGAGAGUUCUAGUACAUGUACAUCUCGAGUAAGCGAUCCGCCUGAGACCUUGGCAAUCUACUACAACUUUAAGAAGAACGCUGGUAUCCGUAUGUACGACUGGAAGAAGGAAGACCAUUGCUUGGAAGUGCCUUUUACGAACUCGACACUUACAAUCGGCGAUCUCCGAGGGAAACUCUUUGAUCGGUUCAUUGGUCAUGAAGAAUUCCGGUUGCCCCCGUGCACUGUAGCCGUCCCCAUCAAGUUAUUCCCAGUGCUCAUCCCGAGCAAGAAGCUGUCCCAAGACAUUGAUGAAUCGAAUGAUGACAAGCUGUUCAUAGAAACCUUGCUGGAAACAGUGCCAAGUGUCCUCGACUGCGAACAUCCGCUGAUCUUGCUAAAUCCUGUUUUUGACUACAAGAUUCAGGUUGAUGUCAUUGAGAAUCCUGUUUACGACCGAGAAGACGUGUACGAUACGAACUUGGACGAAUCUGUGGCCAAGCCUGGCACUAUUGUCCAGGUUUGCAUUCUGCAAUCGGAAUGCACAAGCGAUGCCUGGCUGCAAAAGAUCUACAGGGCAGUAGGCAUGUCGGAACUCGAUCGUGCUCAUGUCCUCUGGAAGGGCGACGAAAUAGUUUCUGUGCCCUUUGUGAGAGAAUGGUCCGAGUCCAGACUACAGAUUUGGAUCAACCAGUGGCGUCUUUGUGUCCGGACACUGGGAGGGGAAACGAUCCGUGUAUCUGUCAAUCCACUGGACACACCCAAGGCUUUGGUGGAUGUAAUCAAAGAUCAGUCCUGGAGGCUCAGAGGGCUACCCUGGGGGGCUAGCUUUGGCCUGGUGAAUUCAAACAACGGAACUAUUCUCAGCGAUGAUGCUGAAGGCACGCUACAGAGCCUCGGUGUGAACAAGGACUCGAUCCUCUACAUCAUACUAUCCACCAAAGCUCCUACUCGACACAAUGGAUGCACAAUACCGAAAGCAGAACACAGAGGCAUGACUAUCGACCAGCUUCAAGAAAUCGCGAGGAUUGUGCUGACGCGUUGUGUGCCAGAAAAAUGGACAAGCACAAACCCAGAUCAUGACGAUAAGCUGUUGCGGCCAGAGGACGUGACGCUCUAUGAUCUCAUGCAUCACUACAUCAAGCCGGAAACACUUGCGCGAAAUUACAGUUAUGUUGAGCCGGUGUCGGAAUCAGAGGAAACAAUCAGAGGAAGCAAAUGUUACUUCACAAGCCACUGGUGGGGCGGACCGGUUCUUGAUUAUUUUGUUGCGUGCUUGUCUGAGCACGCUACGCACUGCAGCAAGCGACAUGCUCAAAAUGACAGUCAGGGCCCCCCAAUAACCUAUUGGAUCUGUGAUUAUGCCAUCCGUCAACAUGACGUGAAAGCUGAGCUUCAUGUCGACCCAACCAACAACGAAGAGCACGUUCCGCCGCCAACUGUACUGGAUACACGUUUCUUCAGAGCAAUGGAAUGGAGCAAAGGGACUGUACCCGUCCUUGAUGCGGAAGCCACGACGUACAAGCGCAUCUGGUGCGUUUUCGAGCUAUUUGUCACGCUGGAUGUGAGGAAAGCUGCCUCCGGUGCAUACGCGUACGAUAUUUGUGCGAUGGACAAAGGCGAUACCGGGCCUGCAGUUCUCUUGGACCCAACAGACAAACAUUCAGACGCGUACACUGUAUACCUCUGCAAGUUUCCCCUUUGA